AUGGAGUACGCAACAAAGGAAUCGCGUCUCAAAUCGUUUGAGCCACCCACCAAACGCUCAAAAGCAGGAUGGCCACACAAGUCACCCACAGCCGAAGCCGUAGCUACAGCCGGAUUCUACUAUGCACCACAUAAGACUGGCGACGACAACGUCGCGUGUUUCAUGUGCGACCGACGACUAGACGGAUGGGAGAAAGAUGACGACCCAAUCCAGGAACAUUUAAGGCAUUCGCCAGACUGCGGCUACGCGAUCAUGAUGAGUCUGACCCGGGAAACACACUUUGAUCCAGGCCAGAUGAACGAUCCUACGAGCACGGCUAUGGUGGAAGCCCGCACAGCCACUUUUGCUAUUGGAUGGCCUCAUGACGGCAAGCGAGGCUGGGUUUGCAAAACCGAGAAGAUGGUGGAGGCUGGUUGGCAUUUUGCGCCAACUGCAAGCAGCGAGGACUAUGCAUCUUGCGCGUACUGCAAGCUCAGUCUGGAUGGUUGGGAGCCGAAAGACAACCCUUUUGACGAACACUACCGACGGAAUCCAGAGUGCGCCUUCUUCAUUUUCGCGGGCACCACAGCACCGUCGAAGCGAGGCAAGGCGAAGAAGGGCUGCGCCUCACGUACGUCAAGGACAUCGACAGCCUCAAAAGCUUCGGCUCGCCUGUCAACCCAAUCGAAUCUCACGGUCCAGUCUGACAUCGCCGACCUCGACGAUGCGAUCGAUACAAGCACAACCUCAAUAUCUUCGAACCUGUCACUGGCUUCCACGGCCAGCAAGACCAAGAGAAAAGCUGCAGGGACUGCGAAAGGUGGUCGGGCAAAGAAGGCCAAGGUUGCGCCUGAACCUGAGCCCGAACCCCAGCCCGAGCCCGUCCUUGAUCCCGAGAUGAUUCAGCCUGCAGAGCCAGAGGCGACAGCUCUGGACGAGACCAUAGAGAACAGCGCCGUGUCGGUCAUGUCAACCAUGUCGACCGCUACCACGAAAGGCAAAAAGAAAGCAGGAAGACCUAAAGCGACCAAGACUAAGAAAGGCAAAACAACACGAGCGAAGACGAAGAAAGCCGAAGCAGAGGCGGAUGCACCAGAACCUGAGCCCGAGGCGGCGGUUGUGGAGCCGAUUGUAAUAGACGAUGAGCCAACAAUACAAGCCGAGGUUGCUGAAGCCCCGCGACAGGAGCCAGAAACAACAGCAGCGAAAGAGGUCGAGCCUGCAGAUCUACCAGCCGGAACACACGAGGAAGAACCCGAGCUGUCAUCGGUUGUGCGAGACGAGCCGCCACAGUUCCCAGAGCAGCCACAAAGACCUGAUCUCGAACGCGCAACUGAAGGCUCGCCGCUUCAACACAAAUCGUCGCCGUACGCAGUCCGCUCUUCACCAGCGCUGGUCGUACACGCACAUACAUCGCCUCUAGCGGCUGCAGUACCGAGAUCGCCGCAAAAGUCGCCCUCGCAGCACUCGCCGGCAAGAUCUGACAUUGAGAAUGCGCCUCCGUCCUCACUACCACCGUCCUCCCGCCCGCCACAGCCUCAGAUGACGCCGUCACGAACUCACCUCGCCCCAGUGUGGAGUCCAGUAGACGUAGAUCUCGUCUUUGCGGGUACACCUGGCCCAGCAGUUGCUUCGAAUUUGUUUGAUCUAGCUCAAGCAGAGCGCUUGAGCGACAAGGAACGAAACAUGACUGUGCAAGAGUGGAUCGAAUACAUGGCAGAGUUGGCUGAAAGUGACCUCAGGCACGAGGCGGAGCGGGUAGUCGGCGUCUUCGAGAAGGAAGGCGCUCGCGCUAUGGGCGUCUUGGAAGCUGUUGAGUGUUUAUGA